CGCGCGCGCGCGUGCGUGUGUGUGUGCGCGCGCGCGGCUGGCGCUGCUGCAGGGACAGUGAGCAUCCUUCAGUAAUGAUGAUGGCGCUGAAUAAAAAGCUGCACACGGACAGAGUUUCGGAAUAAAGCGCCGAGUCUCCGCUGAGUGUGAGUGAGCUGAUGAUGAGCAGUGUUGACGGUGGUCUCAUCGUGUCUGAGGAGCGGCUGUGUCCCGAUUGUGACAGUACGGAGGGAGCCGGCGCAUGGUCACGUCCCAAAUGAAGAUUUCCAAGAGACGGAAAGGACCGAGCUGCUGUAGUCCGUUUUCCAGGCUGUCAGAGGAGGGCUGUGGCGUCGACUAGUUCGCUCGUGUUUGUGAGGUUUGGGAAGAGAUUAAUCAUGAUGAUUAAUGGGUCGUUUAAGCUGGGGGCGGCCCGAGUGUUGUCGGGGUGGCAGUGUUUAGCUCCUGCACUGCAGGAAAACGACAACAUGAACGGAGCGACAGAGACGCAGGAUAUCCUCCCUCCCAACUGCAUCGUGAAGGAGCGCUGGAAAGUGCUGAAGAAGAUUGGUGGUGGAGGAUUCGGAGAGAUUUACGAGGCUCUGGAUCUGCUGACGAAGGAGAACGUGGCUCUGAAGCUGGAAUCGGCUCAGCAGCCCAAACAGGUGCUCAAGAUGGAGGUGGCAGUGCUGAAGAAACUGCAGGGUAAGAACCACGUGUGUAAGUUCAUCGGCUGUGGGAGAAAUGACAAGUUCAACUACGUGGUCAUGCAGCUUCAGGGGCGGAACCUGGCAGAUUUGAGGCGGAGUCAGCCGCGUGGAACCUUCACCAUGAGCACAACGCUACGUUUGGGGAAACAGAUCCUGGAGUCUAUCGAGGCUAUUCACUCUGUCGGCUUCCUGCACAGAGACAUCAAACCGUCAAAUUUUGCCAUGGGGAGACUGCCGUCCACGUACAGGAAGUGCUAUAUGCUGGACUUUGGGCUGGCGAGGCAGUACACCAACACUAACGGAGAAGUGAGGCCGCCCAGAACUAUAGCUGGUUUUCGUGGCACGGUCCGGUACGCUUCAGUCAACGCUCACAAAAACAAAGAAAUGGGUCGCCAUGAUGACCUGUGGUCUCUGUUCUACAUGCUGGUUGAGUUUGCGGUUGGUCAGCUGCCCUGGAGAAAGAUCAAAGACAAGGAGCAGGUGGGCCAGGUAAAGGAGCGUUAUGAUCACAGGAUGCUGCUGAAGCACAUGCCUUCUGAGUUCAACAUCUUCCUUGAGCACAUCUUAAGCCUGGACUACUAUACUAAACCUGACUAUCAGCUGCUGAUGUCAGUGUUUGAGAACAGUAUGAAGGAGCGCAUCAUCAUGGAGAACGAGCUGUAUGACUGGGAGAAGAGCAGCACAGAGUCCAUGCUGUCCACAAACACACAGUCCACACAGCAGCACACACGGCCUACUGCAGCCAUGGCCAGAGUGCUAAACGUGAGCCCGGUUCCUGGGGACCUGCAAAGAGAGAACACAGAUGACGUUCUGCAAGAUGAGCACCUGAGCGACCAGGAGAACGCCCCGCCCAAUCCUGCACCUGCGGUCGCAGAGAACGGUCCAGCGCCCCCUGAUGGAGACGAGUGGGACAGCACUGACAUCAACCGCAACAAACUGAGAAUUAGCCUGGGAAAGGAGGAAGAGGGGAACCGAGGGGUGUGUCCUGUCUCACCACAGAGAGGAGGGGGAGGGGCGGAGUCUCCCAGCGCACAGAUGCGCUCUCUCAGGUCACGGAUGGACGCUCUCGGCUCUCCGUCCCGCCAUCUUUACUCCUCACAGCCAGCCCAGAUGCUGUCCAUCGAUGGUUGUCGUGGAGACCGCUGCCGCAACGAUGGCUCCGAGGCACACAGCAACGCCUUCAUCCGGUCCGUGCCGCUGGCCGAGGAGGAGGACUUUGACAGCAAGGAGUGGGUCAUCAUCGACAAAGAGGCGGAGCUCAGGGACUUCCAGCACCGCCCACUAGGGGCGGAGCCCACCACAUCCGGCACUACGGACGAUGAGCCGGAGGAGCUCCGCCCCCUGGAGGAACAGGCCACACGGCCCAGACUGAACACUAGAGGCCUGGCCGAGGGGGAAAUGGCAAGACGGAGUGGGCGGGGCCAACCUACAGACAGUCCUGCACCAUCGCCGUGUCACUCGGGACGAGCCAGACGGAGAGAGUCCGAACCGAAUACACCUCACAGACAGGUACGAGAACACACCCACCUGAUCGAUGCUUAGGAGGGACGUUAGGCUUCGUCCCAAAUGCUGCAACUUGUGUCUAGUAUUUAGUAAAGAAUGAAUUGUAGCGUUUGGGGCGGGGCCUAAACACUACAAUAUUUAAAUUCACUCCACACACCACACUGGAUGCUGCUGAUUAAUCUAAAUAAAUGCAAUAAAUACCAUGAAGACGUGAAUUUGCGACUCCUGAAGGUGUGAGUGAUAGAAAACGAGGCUGAGCCACGCUUUAGAUAUUAGUAAAGAGUGUUCCCACUCGCUGUGUCCCUCUACUUCA